AGAGCAGUUCGCCGUGCAGAUGUGUCGCAGAUUUUUGUAAAGUCACCAGAUUGGAGCGAAGGACGCUCCUGCUGUGGAUAAACCUGUUCAAACCGAAGCAGGACGGAGGCACGCGCCGUUACCGUUAGCUUAGAGCGGAGCGCGCAGAGAUGGAGCUCUCUGCCAUCGGAGAGCAAGUGUUCGCCGUGGAAUCGAUCCUAAAGAAAAGACUCAGAAAGGGUAAUGUGGAAUACCUGCUGAAGUGGAAAGGAUGGCCUCCAAAGUACAGCACAUGGGAACCUGAGGAGCACAUUCUGGACCGUCGCUUGGUGCAGGCCUUCGAGGACAAAGAAGAAAAAGAGAGAGUUGUUGGCCACAGGAGGAAAGGAUCAAAGUCAAAACGAGUCCUUCUGCAGAACACUGUUUACACCAUGGAUCUGCGCAGCGCUCACAAGAUUCCCGCCAAGCCUCCUCCUCGCCUUCGUCUCUCGCUGACGCGCUCUUUGCUUCCCGACGAUGACGAUGAGGAUGAGGAUGAAGAUGAGACAUAUGUUCCUUGCAGGACCGGGUCUCGAAUACAAGCGGCGCUUCGAAAAAGCAAACGGAGCAGAUGCCUAAACUUAGACCACCAGAGUUCUUCCCCAGAGGAAUGGGAAGAGGAGGAGGAGAACAGUGCAGAGGAUAGUGAACACAGAGAGGAGGAAGAGGAGGCGGCUGAGAUGAGAGAUGGGGUUUUUAGCGGACAUAGGAAUGCCGAUAAAUGGAGCACAGACGGCGCGGUGGAAUCAGAACAGUUGUGGCGACCCGUCAUGGCCCCAGGAGAGGUGACGGUCACCGACGUCACCCUCAACUCCCUCACAGUGACCUUCCGAGAGUCCAGAGUGGCCAAAGGCUUCUUCCAAGACUGGGGCCUGGAGGUGUGGGAUCAGGUGGGCGGCGAGGGCUCAAAGAGAGCCGCCUGGGACCCCUGACCUGUUUUAGGGUUUGUCUAAAUGCACAGAGUCAGGCGGACGUGAAAGACUGCAGGUACAGUGCCUUACAAACGUAUUCACACCCCCUGAGCUUUUCCUCGUUUCAUCAGGUUACAGCCGUAGACUUUUAAGUUUUAUGCUUGGAUCCAGGGCUGGCCGAUUAAUUGCGUUCGCAAUAUAUUAGCAAUUUUAGAAUUGCAAUUUCCACAUUGUAGAUUUCACACUAUAUUUAACAAGAAUAAGACACUAAAUUUCUAACUCCAGCCCUUUAGGUGGCAGUAAAAUGCUGAAAGUGGGUUGAUCUCCACACAGAAAGUUAGAGAGAGUUGUAGCUAGCAGCAGAUCCACACGUGGAAAUACUUUGUGAAUAGUUUCACACAAAGGUUAAAAUAUAGUCCUGCAACAAUGGACUCUGGUGGAGGUACCAGAUCUGCUGUGACGUUACGCUACAUGAUUGGCUAAAUGUUGCCACAUGAUGUAAAACAUUGUGGUUACCCAGACAACGAUAAUAACAUCAUGCAGUGUCCGUGUGCUGAGUCGGGACCAUGACCGAUUAAGUUUUACCUAAUCGAUAACAAAACUGAAAAAAUCUUUUUAUGGUGAACAAAGCAGCUGUUAGACCAAGAUAUAAAGCGCUGGGUAGCGCUGUGGCUAGCUGUGCUAAGUAGCUAACAGUAGUGAUGGUUAAUGAGUCAUCUUGAAGCCAAACUGUAUUGAUGCUCCGUUGAUACUGUCUCACAGAAUACUGACACCUGCUGGACAUUUAAAGACACUACAGGCAGUUUAUUUGACAGACUAAACUGAAUUGAUUUGAUGACCUAGAGCAAUGACAUAAUUUAAGUUAUUGUUGGUUAUAUU